AGCAUUGGUCCGAACGUCCCAAGUGAUGUUAUUUAAAGACCUAAUAAGUAAUCGAACAAACUUCACACUUACAGUCUCAAGAAUGAAGACAUCGAUAAGCUUCGUGAUCAUACUGAGUUUGAUCGGGUCGGAGGUUGUUUCAGCAAAGAAUCAUCUUUUCAUUUUCGGCGAUUCGACGGUCGAUCCGGGGAACAACAACUACAUCGAGACAAUCCCGAACAAUCGGGCUAACUACAAGCCUUAUGGCCGGAAUGGCUUCUUUUCGAAUCCCACGGGGCGAUUUUCAGACGGUCGCAUCAUCGUGGAUUUCCUAGCUGAAUAUGCUGAGCUUCCUUUGAUUCCUGCAUUUUUGGAUCCAUCUGGUGAUGAUUAUAGUUAUGGAGUGAAUUUUGCCUCUGGUGGUGCUGGAAUUCUUUCUACUACAAAUCAGGGCCAGGGAGUUAUCGAUCUGGCGACGCAGUUGAAGUACUUCGAAGAAGUGGAGAGGCGGCUGAAAGAGAAGUCGGGAGAGGCUGAAGCAGACAAAGUCAUAUCGAGCGCGGUGUAUUUCAUCAGCAUGGGAAGUAAUGACUACUUAGGAGGGUACCUCGGAGAUCCUAGGAUGCAAGAACUUCACCUCCCCGAGCAUUACGUCGGUAUGGUCAUUGGAAACUUGACGCAAACAAUCCAAGAAUUGUACAAGAAAGGCGCGAGGAAAUUCGGAUUCUUGAGCCUAUCCCCGCUCGGGUGUUUGCCUGUUCUUAGAGCAAUGAACCCGAAACCUUCUCAAGGAGGGUGUUUUGAGCAAGCUAACGCUCUCGCUUUAGGACACAACAACGCCCUCAAGACUGUCCUUACAAGUCUCGAGCAUUUAUUGCCUGAUUUCAAGUAUUGCAACUCCGAUUUCUACCUAUGGCUUCUUGAUCGCAUCGACAAUCCAUCCAACUAUGGUUUUAAGGAAGGGAAGAGCGCGUGCUGCGGAACCGGGCCGUACAGCGGAGUUUACUCGUGUGGCGGAACGAAGGAGGUCGCAACAUAUGAGUUGUGCGAUAACGGGGAGGAUUACGUGUGGUGGGACUCGUACCAUCCGACGGAGAGGAUUCACGAGCAAUUUGCGAAAGCACUUUGGGACGGGUUGCGCCCCGCCGUCGGACCGUACAAUCUCCGGGAUAUGUUCUUGUAUGAUCCAAAGCAAAAACAAACAAUAGCUGAUGUAGUAGAUGAUACCGUUCCGGAAGUAGAACAAAUUAAAGAGUAAUUUAUAUUUAUAUAUAUAAAAAAAAUAAAUAUAGUUUAAUAAUAAAAUU